CCUUGUGAUUUUCCUCACUAAAGGACAAGCCACCAGCCAUGAAAAUCAAAGACCAAAUCCCUGAUUUCAUUCCAUUAAGAAAACAUAAACAAAUGGAUAUUAUUCUUGUGAUUUGUGAGUGGAUGUUUCAGGGAAGUUUCCCCCCUAUGUGUGUGUAUUUAUUUCGGCCUUAGGCCCUUUUGUGAGACUCACAUUGUAAUUCCAUUUUCCAUUUAGUAAUACACUUGUUGUGUUUGCUAUUUAAAUUCCUAAAUCUAUAUCUUAAGAGUGGUUAUCUUAAGUGUGAGUUUUAGGUUCUAGAUAUUUAAUUAAGUGUGUUAUAUCUUAAUUAAGUUCUAGACUUAACCCCAAGCUCCUUUGACACUUAGUCAAUCUUUCCUCUGUAAUGCUUUUCCUACGUCUAUAUUUACCAAUACUAUAACAACAACCGGGUAAAGUCCCAUGAAUGGGGCCUGGGGAAGACGCAGGGUUGCUACGUUCAAAUCUAGGUGUUCAAUAGCAAACGUAGUUCUUACUGACACAACUGAUACACAAGUUGAGGAGAAUUUUGAAUCUCCUGAUUGUAAAUAUACAGUUCCUGUUGUAAAUAUCAAAUCUGACAUUCUGGAGGGUGAAGCAUUGAAUCUCUUGGCUGAGGGAGCAUAUGUGAACACUCUUUUGACUGCAAUUCAUGUCUUAUCAGAAGAGGAGCAAAAUAUUAUUGCUGCAACUCCUGCUCAUCCAGCUGGGUUAUAUGCUUUAUAUGCCAGUUGCCUGGCUGGAAACUUAGUGGAACAGCUUUGGAUGUUUGCCUCGCCUGCUGCAAUUGCAUUGCUUCAUCCAAGUCUUCUCCCUGUUGCAGCAAUGGGUUUUGCUGCUAAGGUUGCUGUCAUUGUGGGAGGUCCAGUGGUUGGCAAGCUUAUGGAUCAUUUUCCCAGGGUACCUGCAUUUAAUUGUCUGACCAUUGUUCAGGCAGUUGCUCAGCUGUUAUCAGUCUUAGUGAUCACUCAUGCCCACAGCUUCCAUGACACAUCUUCAAACUUUCUUUUCCGGCCUUGGUUUGCUAUACUUGCUUUUGCUGGGGCAGUUGAAAGGCUAUCUGGACUGGCUCUGGGGGUUGCUGUUGAACGUGAUUGGGUUGUUUUGUUAGCAGGUACCAAUCGGCCAGUUGCUCUUGCUCAAGCAAAUGCUAUUCUUAGUCGAAUUGAUCUCUUGUGUGAGGUUGCUGGAGCAGCACUCUUUGGCUUCUUUCUGUCCAGAUAUGAGCCUGUAAAAUGCUUAGGGUUUGCCGCUACUUUAAUGAUAGGAGCAUUGCCUAUUGUGAUCCUUUCAACAUGGCUAACCAACAAACUUUCUCAUGGGGUUCUUGACCGUGCUAAAUCUAUACAAGCUUGCUGCACUUACCCCUCCAAUGAUUCUUUUUUGGAUACUGAAAGUAUAGCGGGGAUGAGUCUAAAAGCCAUCAAGCAUGGGUGGGUUGAAUAUAUCCAGCAGCCUGUUCUUCCAGCAAGCAUAGCUUCUGUGUUACUAUGCUUCAAUGUUGUUCUUGCUCCCGGUUGUUUAAUGACUGCAUUCUUAACACAGCGUGGCCUAAAUCCAUCCAUCAUAGGAAGCUUUAGUGCAUUGAGUGCAUUCAUGGGAAUUGCAGCUACUUUUGGGUCUGCGCAGAUGGUCAAGAGAUUUGGCAUCUUAAAGGCUGGAGCAGCUUCUCUGAUAUUGCAGGCAUCACUUUUAAGCACCGCUGUAGUUGUCUAUAGGACUGGAUCCCUUACUCGGCAGACACAACUUCUCUUCUUCUUGGGUCUGAUAGUAUUAUCACGAUUAGGGCACAUGUCAUAUGAUAUUUUAGGGUCACAGAUCUUACAAACUGGAAUCCCAGCAUCGAAAGCAAACCUCAUUGGAACUACAGAGGUUUCUUUUGCAAGCUUGGCAGAAUCUAUAAUGUUUGGGGUCGCUAUACUUGCAAACGAUGUCUCAAAGUUUGGGUUUUUAGCAAUGCUCUCUGUCCUUUCAGUAGUUAUGGCCGCAUUGCUAUAUUGCAGAUGGUUGGCAAAUGCCACAGACACACAAAGGAGUCUUUUCUCGUUUGACCCACACUUCUUACAGUAAUGUUCAAGUAAGGUAUACCUCACAUGUCAGCCUACCAUCUGAGUGUGCAAUGCUGAAUACCUAAGUGUGCCACAACUAUUUACUAUGAGCCCGUUUUGAUAAUCUCCUCUCUCUCUCUCCCCGUCGGAGAAAGAACUUGAAAUGGCCUUGCCCGCUUCUUUUUGGUUUAUAACAAAAAUGUUAGAAAUUU